AUCCAGCCCUCCCAGGCUCUCGAGCCGCGACCCCUCGACCGUUACCGUUGUAAUAUUGCCUAUCCAACCCCAAGAGCACAUCUGCCCUUCUCCAUCUGGUGCCUGGCUUCCAGCGUCUUCAACCACACCCACAGUCAGCUGCAAUCUGCUCUAAGCCCUCUUCGCGUGAUAUAUAAUCACCUCCGUCGCCAAUCCAGGGUGCCGGCCCUCGCCAUCAGACUACUUUUGAGGUGCUAAUCUGCCCUAACAUCCAUCCACCCCCAACUUUGAGGCAGACUUGUGUCCCUUGUUGAGGCGUACGGCGCAGGCCUAGCUUCCCACCUAGAUCCGCGCGAAGAAUCGCCCUCGCCAUCUGCAUUGAUGACUGACAAAACGCCGCCCCUGCUGGCUACAGCCGAUCUUUCUCCCGUAUCUCCCAGCCCUCUACAUCCCUCGUCCCCCGUUGUAGUCCCUGCACUGCAGGAGCAGGUUGACCAUUUUGAUGCCAUGACGGCUCUACAGACCUCAGAGGCGGCCUCUUUGCCCAUUCAGAACCACGAACAAGGGGCAGCCAACGGGAUAGAAGCAAGCACGGUGGCCCCUUCGAAUGCUGUCGUCGAGAAUAACCCCGCACAGGAAGCCAAUGAAUCGGAUACGACACAGGCUCUUCAACAGGAGGACGGUGGAGCUUCCGAGGGUGGACCCACGCCAGAUGAUGCCGAUCAGGUCCCUGAGCAGAGGAAUGGUGAAGAGAGCGCUGCCGAUUCACCAGAACGGCCUGAAAGUUUGGGCGAAGAAACGUCUGCUGGCAGAAGUCCUAUCACCGUAGUUGUUCACGGUGCCAUACAAUCGGACGGAGACCCUGAGGCAUCUCCUCAUACCAGCGACAAGCCGAGUGAUGUUGAUAAUGCACUCAGUGCCAGGGACGACGGCUCGGUGCUUUCCCUGGAUGCCAAACUGUCAGUUCCCACAGGGGGAGCUACGGAGGAGCGGCACCAAAAGUCUGUCGAGAAAGGCAGUCUUACAGUCCCAAGUGAUGAUAAUGCCUCAUCAACAGACGUUACGGAUCACGAAAAAGCACGAACCGGAUCGAGCGCCACGCAGCCUGUCGUCGCUCCCGUGCCGGGACUACAGGGUGCUCAGCAGAGCGGUGCAGGCAUUUCCGCCGCAUCUAAGCCGUCUACCCUGCCGCCUCGGCCUCCUAUGCCGGUAGAUGCACUUCCACAAGUCCCCCAGUCUCUGCUUGCUGGAUCGUCUGCAAGCCGGGGGUCUGGAUCUGAUCCUGGUAUAUCGAGCCACCAGCAUGGACAAGGCCUGCAGAACUGGGACACGUUCCAACAAGAAGAGCGAAAGUACGUGGCGGAUGCUAAAUGGGAUAGGUUCCCGGAUGGCUCUCGUCUCUUUAUCGGAAACCUGUCCAGUGAACGUGUAUCAAAGCGGGAAGUGUUCGAUAUCUUUUCUCCAUUUGGUCGCUUGGCGCAGAUUUCCUUGAAGCAAGCGUUUGGCUUUGUGCAGUACCACACGCAGCAAGAAGGCCAAGCUGCGAUGAACAAUCUUCAGGGUAGAGAAAUCAAAGGCCGUAAGAUCAACCUGGAAUUCUCCCGGACACAGAAACGGAAUGAAGAUGGGGACCGCAGGGGCAGCAGAGGCAAAAGCGACAGGCGUGAAAGUGCCGAGACAGCCAAACCGAAAAGAGACGACUACCGCCCAGGACGAGAUUCGCCACCACACGGCCGAGGCGGCCAGCGGCAGCAAGGCUCCUACGGUGAACCCUCACGAUUUGAUGGUGGACGGUACGGUUCUCGGGGCCGCUCACGGUCGCCCGGAUAUGGCAACCAGAACUACGAGGCCUAUCGUCGCCGGAGCCCCAGCCCGCGGAGGCGUCAAGACUCGGAGUCUUCCCUCGACAUUCCACGACGUUAUGGAAGUGAAGUGCCUGAUGUCCAGUUCCUGCUGCUCCAAGAAGUAGAGCGGGACUUUGUAGGCUGGGUUCAACGUGCCUUCUCUGACGUUGGACUUCGGGUUGAUGUUAUGUUCCUCAACCCACGAUUUCCGCGCGAUGCCGUUAUUCAGCGGCAAAUCAUUGAAGGCGUUCAUGCGGUGACGGAGUUGGACUUUCGUGCCCAGCAAUAUGGUAGAAUACCAUUGCAGGUGUUUGAUCGAUCUGCUGGUCGUGACAAGGUCCGCUUUGAUCAAUACCAAGAUCUGGAGCCACAUAUUGCUGCACAACUCGUCGCUCGCACAAGAGCACAAACGGCGCAGUAUGCGGCGGCACCUUAUGGUGCUAGUCCCUACCCUCCGGCGCCCCAAUAUCCUCCUGCUGGUCCGCCUGUCCAACCUGCGCAAGCGUACGGUCAUCCUCAAUAUCCCUAUCCCGCGCCAGCCACCCAACCGUACGGAGGUGGCGCGCCGCAGCAACCAGGGUCCCUAGACAACGCUACGCUGCACCAGAUACUAGGAACCAUUCAGAACCAGCAAGGUGGCGCGGGACAGCCUCUGGUGGGUGCUAAUGGUAGUCAAGUGGACGUGAACGCUGUCCUGGCGGCUCUUGGGAAUAACGUUCCUGUGCCGCAGGGACAUCUCCAUCCACAGCACCACCCACACCAAUAUGGACACCCCCCAGCUCCUGGCGCACAUGGCCCUCCAGCUCAAGGAGGAGAUUCUGCUCAGCACGUGCAGAACAUUAUGUCGCAGCUGGCAAGAUAUCGACAGUAAUUUCAAGCCAAAUCGCAAGAAAGCCCUAGGUCUUCUUGGGCUUGUGCAGCCAAGGAGGAUGGGCGUCGUUGCGUUGUUUCGAUCCCUCGAAUGUCUCAUGAGGUCACAAUUGAUCAAAGGCUAUUCGAUCUUGUUCCGAGCUUAAGUAGAUACCCAAGAUAUUAUGGCGCUGGCAUACUGAUGUCAAGGUCACUUCUAAAUACCCAUCCACUUGUGACAUAGUCUCAUCAUU